UAGGUCCACAGCUUUCGGUCCAAGAUCCAGCGGAUAGCAGUACCCCAAUCUGCUGGCGAGCAAUCCUAUUCGUCUACUGGCUGAUCCAUUGGUACAUGAAAUUUCUUGUCCUUUUCAUCGUUUUCCUCUUUCUCACCCUGAUAGAUCCUGCACAGUACGUGUGUUCCUUAGAACAAGCGUACAAUACUACCCUCGUACACCUACUUCCUCUCCUCCUCUCUACUCCCUUCUAGGGUUGUGCUGUACCGCUUAAAUCAUUUGGGUGGGAAAUUGGGGGCACCGCCGUACGCAUCAAUUCUCCUAGACAACUAGAAUACACAAGCUAGCUAGCUAGUUUGCACCUGCUGAGACCCCCGUUCGCACCACCUUUGCUCCUUUUCCGCCGGCCGGCCGUUCGCCAUAUGGAGUCCAACGGCGGCGAGGGAGAGGGCGACAUCGACCUCAACCUCUCCCUGCAUCGGGCGUCGUCGCCGGAGCCGCUGGGCUACUUCACCUGCACCUACUGCAACAAGAAGUUCUACUCCUCCCAAGCGCUGGGCGGCCACCAGAACGCCCACAAGUUCGAGCGCAGCGUCGCCAAACGCACGCGGGAGCUGGCUGCCGCGCGCCGCCACGGCCACGUGGGCCAGGUCGGCGCCGGCGAGGAGGCCAGCAGGAGAGGGAAGGACCCGACCAGCAAUGCCGCCGGGAGCUCCUCGCACAGGAGGGCGUCUCCGCCGGAGGCAGCCCGCCGGGACCUCAUCACCGAGGAGAUCGAUCUGUCUCUCAAGCUCUGAUAUUACUGUGUCGAGGUUCUUGUCACUGCAAACUUAUGGUCUAUUCGCCUUAUUACUGGGUUCUUGUGAUUUCUUACUCAUUUUAUGUCUAGAAUGAAAGUAUGAAACCUCGCAUAGAGCUUCUUCUCCCUUUCCUUUUGCUGGCUUUUUUUACCGGGUCAUAAUUUACUA